AUGGCUAUCACCAACACCACGGCGGACCCACAAGCCGAACCCGAAUCCACCGCACAAGACGGAUCCACCAAUGCCCUAGAUUCCCAAACCCCAAAAGAAGAACAACCCACCACCACGACAAUAACCAGCGUAGAAGCCGACCGGCAAGCCACCACUACCACAACUAGUAACGAAGAACCAGGGCCGUUAACCCAAGACCCGGAACCUGACGUGAAAUCCACCACGGAGAAGUGGCCAGGAUGGCCUGGAGAUUGUGUUUUCAGGCUUAUAGUGCCAGUAACGAAAGUGGGUAGCAUUAUUGGAAGAAAGGGUGAUCUCAUUAAAAAACUAUGUGAUGAUACUCGUGCUCGGGUUCGGAUUCUUGAUGGCCCUCCUAACACUCCUGAUCGUGUUGUAUUAAUAUCUGGAAAGGAAGAGCCAGAGGCACCUCUGUCGGCCGCGAUGGAUGCCGCAAUAAGAAUUUUCAAGCAUGUCUCGGGAUUGCCUGAAGGUGAUGCUGAAGUAUCUGCAGCGGCCGGAAUUGCCUUUUGUUCGAUUCGGUUAUUGGUUGCUUCGACGCAGGCUAUUAGUUUGAUUGGGAAGCAAGGCUCAAUAAUCAAGUCAAUACAAGAGAAAACCAAAGCAUCUGUGCGCAUAAUGUCUGAAGCUGUUGUUAGAUGCCUCCAAAUAAAAGCAAGUAAUACUCAAGUUUUUGUGGUGCCAGAAGAGACCCCAUUUUAUGUUGCUGCAGAUGAGAGGAUCGUGGAUUUUCAUGGAGAAGCCUUAAAUGUUCUUAAGGCUUUAGAAGCUGUUGUGGGUCACUUGAGGAAGUUUUUGGUUGAUCACAGUGUUCUUCCUCUCUUUGAGAAGAAUUAUAAUGCAAAAAUCCCACAGGACCGUCAAGUAGAGACUUGGGCAGACAAGUCAGUGCUGCAUCCUAAUUCUCAAGGCAUGGGUGAUCAUUACUUGGAAAAGAGGGAGGCUUUGUUCUUCGAACGAGAAACUCAAAUAGAGUCCCAGUUAACACCUACAUAUCCAUCAAUACGUUCUUCAGCAAUCAGUCGUGCUGUUGGUCCUAUUAUCACUCAGAUCACACAGACGAUGCAAGUUCCUAUUUCUUAUGCUGAGGAAAUCAUUGGGGUUCAAGGGGAUAAUAUUUCAUAUAUUCGUAAAUCUAGCGGAGCCACGAUAAGUGUGAAAGAAAGUGUGAGAUUACCCGAUCAGAUAAUUGUGGAGAUAAAUGGAACCUCAUUGCAGGUUCAGACAGCUCAACAACUGAUUCAGGACAUUUUAAGCAAUGCCAGUCACAAAGAAUCAGUCACUAGAAGCUAUGACAAAUAUGAAAGCGGUUUGCGUUCUAUGUACACUGACGAUACAUACUACCCCUCAUCUUCAGUGGCGGGACAACUCUACGAUGAUUAUGGAUCUUCUGGUAUAGGAGACUAUGGUAGUUAUAGGAUUUGA